AUGGGUAUUGUCGAGAAGAUCAAGGAUAUCGAGGAGGAGAUGGCCCGGACGCAGAAGAACAAGGCGACGGAACGGCAUCUCGGGCUGCUGAAGGGGAAAUUGGCGCGGUACAGACAGCAAUUGCUUGCCGAUGACGGUCCCGGCGGUGGUGGCGGUGGUCCUGGGUCUGGGUUUGAGGUCGCAAAGUCAGGGGACGCACGGGUCGUUUUGAUCGGGUACCCGUCCGUCGGGAAGUCGUCUUUGCUCGGGAAGAUCACGUCGACGCGGUCAGAGGUCGCCCAGUACUCCUUCACGACGCUGACGAGUGUCCCCGGUGUGCUGAAGUACGGUGGUGCAGAGAUCCAGGUGGUGGACUUGCCCGGGAUCAUCUACGGUGCCGCACAGGGGAAGGGCCGUGGGAGACAGGUUGUCUCGACUGCACGGACCGCUGACCUUGUGCUGAUGGUGCUCGACGCAACCAAGAGCGAGCACCAACGGCAAUCCCUCGAACACGAGCUCGAGUCAAUGGGGAUCCGGCUCAACAAGACACGUCCAGACAUCUUCUUCAAGCGGCGUGAGACCGGUGGUGUGAAGGUUACGUUUGCGAACGGGCAGCAGUCUGGAUCUGCCCCAGCUGGGUCCCUCGAUGAGGACACUGUCCGUGCAAUUCUCAGGGACUACCGUGUGCACAACGCUGAGGUUCUAGUACGUGACGAGCACGCUACAGUGGACGACUUCAUCGAUAUCGUGAACGAACCGUACUGCCAAUACAUGCCCUGCCUGUACGUGUACAACAAGAUCGAUGCCGUGUCCCUCGAAGAGGUCUCGAAGCUGGCAAGGGAACCCAACACCACAGUGAUGUCCUGUGAGUUGGACCUGGGGAUCCAGGACGUCGUCGAGGAGAUCUGGUACCAGUUGAACCUGUCCCGAGUCUACACAAAGAAGCGUGGCGCACACCCGAAGUUCGACGACCCUCUAGUCGUGCGCAGCGGUGCCACCGUGGCGGAUCUUUGCCAGCAGGUGCACCGCGACUUCAGGGACAAGUUCAAGUACGCCCUCGUCUGGGGGUCCUCCGCGAAGCACUCGCCGCAGAAGUGCGGUCUCCAGCACCGUAUCGACGACGAGGACGUCGUCACUUUGUUCACGAAGUAG